UUUCUAUGAAAACUCAACGGCAAUUAACUCGGCUCAAGAACUUAAUAUUAUCAUGUGCCCAACUAAUUCCCACGUCAUCACCAUAUCCGGGUAUAAUUCCCCCGAUUGGGCAUUCAACAUCAUCUCCAAAAUGAGAAAAAGCUCAUCGUAUUUGAAGUGUCAAGUUGCGAAAUAACUUGGAUACUAAUCAUAUUUUUAACAUUUUAAUGUAUUUCUAUUCUAGUUGCAUAUGCCGACAGAAUGAUACUAUCUGCUUCUGGAUUUAUCGCCCAGCUUCACGCUCUGGUUCUUGAUCCCACACCGCGACCAGGUCUUCAUCCCAUACCAGGAAGCCAACCUCUCACGUUCAGCGCGGCGGUAAUGCCGCCGCUGACAUAUUAUGUCGCUCUCCUUCUCCUUGCCCCACCGCCUCCGCCAGUUAUCGACUCCGUGUAUGUCAAAGGAAUUCGCAAUAUACUUGCUUUGAUUUCCGGGGUUCUCUUCUUCCGUUUACCACUUGCAUACCAUGUUCCGCAGAGCAUCGGACUCACUUAUCAGCUUGGCCUCGUCGGCCUUUAUGGCGGGUGCAGAGUGAUAGACGCCUUUUUUAUAAGCCCCUAUUUCUUCAAGCACAUUCCCCGGCGAGUUAAGUAUGUGCAUAAGCCGAGAGUUGAAAUAUCUGCGCCCGCAGAUGCUACCAUGGCGAGAGCAUGGUCCGACGGAGGGGUUAAGGAGCCAUAUUCGCAUAAGGAGAGAACCAUAGCUGGUGACGAAAUUCCAGCCAGAAAAUCAACCCAAGUCGAGGUCGUCCCAAACCGUAGCUCUACGCAAACCAGAAAAGGAAGGCGUUCAAGCUUUCCCAUCGGUAUUAGCCACGCAGCCCGCAGGAUGUCUAGUUCAAUUCCCGACGCGGCCUGCGACUCAUAUUACGCCGUGCAGCGCACGCUACACGGGCCGGAUCCACAACCUGUCCUCGAAACGGCGACAACUGAAUGCGGCUGGCCGCGAACUCUCCGCGACCGCGCCUCCUGGGCCCUCGAGCUCGAGCUCAGCAUGCGUGGAGUCGGCUUCACAUGGACGACGGCCGAUGUGCGGCACACGCGCAGGACUUGGCUGCCUACGGUCGGCAACCGUGUCCACAGCAUCCUCGUACAUACCACCCCAGUCUUAUUAGCGAGUUGGAUAAUCAUCAGGGCUACAUAUUUACGGUAUCUUGCUACGUCUAUAGAUCUGGCAUGGUCUAGUAGUGACGAAAGACAAUCUCGCGAGCUUUUCGACGAAGCGCUACCGCUGCCAGUGCAAUGUCUACUCACGGGUGCUUUAGGGGCAUUUCUUAUGGCAGCAUUCUCGUUAGGCCAUUCGCUUUUCGCAAUAAUGCUUAGCCCGCUUGCGCCUAGUCCCCUGGCUUUCUUCCCACCGCUAUACAGUACUAGGAUUUGGGAUAUCACGUCGGUGCGCGGGUUCUGGUCUUACGGAUGGCAUCGACUAUUUGCGCGCCUGUUUCUUGUAUAUGGCGUCUGGCCUGGGGAGUGGCUUGAGAGAAAGCUAAUGGGGAAGUGUAACGAGGAUUCUGCAGACGUGGGUAAGGUCUUAGGUGGUUUUCUUUCUAGUGCUUUUGUUCAUUCUUUCUCCGUAAGAGGAGUUUUAGGUGGCGAUUGGCAUAGCGCUGCAGGUGAAGCCAAGUUCUUUGCAUUGAACGGUCUCGCUGUUGUGGUUGAAGGUGUAGUAUCGAGAGCUGUGAGAAGCGCAAGAAAUAAAAGGGGUCUAAAAGAGGUCAUGUGGUAUGAUGGAUGGAUUGGGAGGAUAUGGUGGCUUAUAGUUCUGUUAAGUUUAGGAAGAAACUUCGCAAGGGGUUGGGUUAAGUCAGGCUUGGUAAAAGAGAUUGCAAACCAAUAGCUGUUUACUAGAAUUAUUGAAAUUUAUUUAUCACGAAGGUAAACUCGAAAGAUGUUGUUUAUUAAAAAUCCUACAUUAGGAGAUUUAAAACAUUAAAUAUUUAC